CAGCCAAUAGGAGCGAGCGUUGCCAUGGCAGCGGCGUGCUGGGGAGACAGCCAAUGGGAGAGCGCGAUAUUGAGGCUGCCAGGCGUGAGGCCGGCGGGAUGGCCUCUGGCUUUAAGAAGCCGUCGCUGGGAGCCGCGGCCCAGCGCAGGAAGGCGAGCCCCAAGGCGGAGCUGCCCGAGGAGCAGCAGCGGGAGAUCCGCGAGGCCUUCGAGCUCUUCGACACCGACGGCAGCGGCAGCAUCGAUGUCAAGGAGCUGAAGGUGGCCAUGAGGGCCCUGGGGUUUGAACCUAAGAAAGAAGAGAUCAAGAAAAUGAUCUCAGACAUCGAUAAGGAAGGGACAGGAAGAAUCAGCUUCAGUGACUUCCUGGCAGUGAUGUCACAGAAAAUGGCUGAAAAAGAUUCCAAAGAGGAGAUUCUCAAAGCUUUCAAACUCUUCGAUGAUGAUGAAACUGGGAAAAUCUCCUUCAAAAACCUCAAACGUGUGGCCAAAGAGCUGGGGGAGAACCUCACAGAUGAAGAGCUGCAGGAGAUGAUUGACGAGGCAGAUCGGGAUGGGGAUGGGGAAGUGAGCGAGCAGGAAUUCCUGAGGAUCAUGAAGAAGACCAGCCUUUACUGAAGCCCAGUGGGAUUUAUUCUUUGUACUCAUGUGCAUUCCUUAGGAGGGGGCCUCGCUUCUGUAGUGUCUUGAUUUCUUUGGAGGCAGCAGAAAAUACAGGUCAGUUCUGUCAGAAGUUUUUUUGUGACGAAUUCUUUUGUUGAGAAGUUUUAAAGGUGUUUGGGAGCAGUUUGCACCACCCUGUUUACAGGCAGCGACGUGGUUGCUGGUUAUGAUGUUUACACUGCUUAAAAUACACAAAUCACGUCUUUGGGACCAAAUUCAGAUCCUUUUCUGACUGAAAAAAAUGGGUCCAAAUGAUUCCAGUUUGGUAAAGAGAUGACUCAAAACCAGACAGUGUCGAUCUAUUGCUCAGUGUAAAUCUACUUUGGGUUUAUGCCGUCGUUUGUGCCCUACAGUGAGCUCUUUUUGUGAUGAAUUUGCAGGGAUCAGCUUUUUAGAACCCGUUUUAUGAGGAUUAUCCCUUCCCCCCCUUUUUAGGGCAUUCUUUAAACUCAAAAUAAAAACAAACUGCUGCAACUCUCCUUGUGUUUCCUUCAGUUCACGUGGCUAAAGAAAUCUUUGCAGGCGGGAAUUCCCAGUGCUACUGAGAGCUCUGAGCUUGCAGGAAUGCUCAGAGGCUGCAGAUGGGAUUGGGUUGCAAAUAAAGUCUUACUUUAAGCCA